AUUCGCGGUCCAAAAACAAUUCAGAAAUUAUUUAGUUCGAUAGUUUUCCUCUAUUUUGCUUGCCUUCUACCGGCGAUCGCAUUCGGCGUUCUCAAUGACGACAACACUAACGGUGGUAUCAAAAUCUUUUCAAAAGCCAAUAAUCUAAUAAAAGCCCAAAUUUUAGACGUUCGCAAAGUUAUUUUUGCUCAAGCGAUUGGCGGCAUUUUCUUUGCAAUAUUCGGCGGACAGCCGGUCAUUAUAUUGCUCACUACCGUACCGUUGGCUAUUUAUAUAAAAGUAAUUUAUAAAAUAUCACAAGAAUUGGGUUACGAUUUCUUUGCUAUGUAUGCUUGUGUUGGCUUAUGGUGUCAAUUUUUCCUUAUCGUUUAUGCGUCAACCGAAAUGUGCAGUCUAAUGAAACUCGCCACUCGGUGA